UACGUCGCUUGAGCCCGUGACGAGAGGAUGAUGCGUUUGAACACUUAGAUUAAAUAAAAUAUCCUCGAUCUACUUUCAUAAAAAAUGGAUUUUUCUGGAUUACAGCAAGUGUAUCGUUGAUGGAUUUUCACAUUGACCUCCUCAUUCCGAACAAUAUUUCAAUAGGAAAUAACGUCAUAUUGUGACAGACCGGGGAUGACAAAGACAAUGGGAUACCGAGACUGGAAAUGGUGGGCGCUUUGGUGGAAUCAUUUAUUUCUCUUGUGGAGUACAAUUGACGCACAGACUCGUUACAGCAUCCCAGAAGAGAUGGAACGAGGCUCUGUGGUAGGACAUCUAGCCAAAGAUCUCGGUUUGGGACUAUCAGUCAUUUUUGACCGUAAACUGCGUGUUGCCUCCGAGGCUGGUAAGCAGUACUUCAGUGUUGAGGCGGGGAAGGGCGAGCUGGUGGUGAAUGACAGGAUAGACAGAGAGACUUUAUGUGGACAAAGCACCAGCUGCGUACUACCUCUGCAGGUUGUAAUAGAGAACCCGCUACAGUUAUAUCGAAUAGAAGUGGAAAUAAGAGACGUAAAUGACAAUUCUCCUAGUUUUCUCAAGAGCGAUCACAUAAUAGAAAUAGCUGAAUCCACCGUCGUUGGUGUGCGUUUUCCUUUGGAGAGUGCGGAGGAUCCCGAUGUUGGCAGUAACGGAUUAAAGGCGUACACAUUAAGCAAAGAUGAUUGCUUCACCUUAAAAGUUAAGGAAAUUGAAAACGGACGUAAAAUACCAGAAUUAGUGCUGAAUAAGUCAUUGGAUCGAGAGAAAAAAGGCACUCACAAUUUAGUUCUUACCGCUACGGACGGGGGAAGUCCGGUAAGGUCCGGAACAUCAAAAAUAACUGUUCAUGUGCUUGAUAAUAAUGACAAUGUGCCGUUAUUCGAAAAUACUAUCUAUAAAGUCUCUGUUCAAGAAAACAGUGCAAAUGGUUCGUUUCUAGUUACAACAAAGGCCACAGACAUAGAUGAGGGUCCAAAUGGAGAAAUUGAGUAUUCACUUGGUGUACACACAACACCAGCAGUGCUGUCAUUAUUUUAUAUCGAUGGGGUAACGGGAGAUAUAUUUUUGAAAAACCAGCUGGACCACGAAACUCAAUCCUCAUAUCGAAUAGAUAUAAGUGCAAAAGACAAGGGCUCCCCUAAAAUGGAGGGUCACUGCACUGUGCAGGUGGACGUGGAAGAUAUAAAUGAUAACGCUCCAGAAAUUGUGCUAACUUCCGAACCCAGUCCUGUACGCGAGGAUGCACCACGUGGCACAGUAGUGGCUUUGAUCAGUGCACGAGACCUUGACUCCGGUGAUAACGGUAGAGUGACGUUACAACUUCCAAAGCGGUCACUUUUUACUCUGAAACCAUCGUUUUCCAAUAAUUAUGAGUUGGUUACCAGUGGUUCUUUAGACCGGGAGAGAUUCUCACAGUAUAACAUUGAGAUAACAGCCACUGAUUCAGGCUCUCCUCCUCUAUCCACCAAGAAAAUGAUAGCUGUAAGCAUCACAGAUGUGAAUGAUAACCCCCCUAUAUUCACUCAGCCCUCCUAUAAUGUGUAUUUAAAAGAGAAUGGGGUACCAGGCUCUAUCCUGUACUCAGUAUCAGCAUCCGAUGUGGACUUUGGUGAAAAUGCUAAAAUAUCUUACUCUAUACUGGACUCUAAAGUGCAGGACGUUUCUGUAUCAUCGUAUGUUUACAUUAAUUCAGAUAACGGCAGCAUCUACAGCAUGCACUCCUUUGACUAUGAGAAACUGAAGGUGCUCCAGGUUCAGGUUCAGGCAAAGGAUCAGGGCUCUCCGUCUCUCAGCAGCAACGCCACCGUCCAUGUUUUUAUCCUGGACCAGAACGACAACGCCCCCGCUGUAAUUUACCCCUCCUCCGCUGCCCUGGGCUCCCUCUCUCAUCAGAGGAUGCCCCGCUCCGCUAAAGCGGGUCACCUGGUUACCAAGGUGACGGCCGUGGACGCGGACUCGGGCCACAACGCCUGGAUCUCCUACAAACUGGCGGAGGCCACCGACAUCUCUCUGUUUAAUGUCAAUAUGUACACAGGGGAGGUGAGGACCAAACGCGCCGUGUCCGAGCAGGACGACUCCUCCCAGAGGCUGCUUAUAGAGAUCAAGGACGACGGGGAACCGGUCCAGUCCUCCACCGCUACGGUGUCCAUCCUGCUUGAGGACGGCCUACAUGAACCCAUAUUAGACCUCCGACAUAAACUGCCCGAGCCCAGCAAGAAAACUGGGAAAAUCACCCUUUAUUUGAUUCUCUCUCUGGCCUCGGUGUCCGUGCUGUCUCUGGUGACUUUUCUCAUCUUAGCGGUUAAAUGCGUGAGGAACAGCAGAAGCAGCGGUAGUUGCUGCACGGGAAGGACUGACUGUGAUGAUUACAAGAACCCCAACAGAAACCUGCAGAUUCAGCUCAACACUGAUGGACCAAUAAAGUACGUGGAGGUCCUGGGAGGAGACAUGUUGUCUCAGAGUCAGUCCUUCAGGUCCUGCAUGUCUCCAAUGUCCGAGUACAGUGAUUUCACUAUGAUCAAACCCAGUAGCACCACUGACUUUAAGGAGGUGAUCAGUGUUCUGGAUGCGUCUCUACCCGACAGCACCUGGACCUUUGAGAGCCAGCAGGUGAGCAAAAAAAUAAUAAUUGAUUCAAAAUGAAUAUCCUCUGGGAGG